CCUUUGAGACUAGCAGAGAAGUGGAGAGAGACGGAAGGCACAGAAUGGCCACAGAAUUCAGCCAGGACACGUUGUUAUAUUUCCUCCAGAGCAGCGGGGGCUCGGUGAAAAACUCGGAUCUGCUUCUGCACUUCAGACAUUUCAUUAGGGACCAUGCGGACCAGAAGCGCAACCGGGAGCAAUUCAAAAAGUUUGUCAACUCCUUGGCCACCGUUAAACAGAUCGAUGGCGUCUCCUACGUCAUUCUCAGAAAGAAAUUCAAAGGACAUGUCACCGGCGGCGGCGAAGGGGGCUCUUCCGAGCCGCCGCCGCUUUCUGCCCGAAAGAACGCUGAACCUUCCCCGGAGGACGCCAAACUGAGUCCGGCUUGGAGCACAGAGAAGCCUCGGCAGAAACUGAGGGAGGUGACAACACCCGCCCCGCUGGGAGUCAUCCCCGGCAAAACAAUUCUGCCUGCGGCUGGCAUCGUGCUCAAUAACAACAACAACAGCAACAUGGAAAGAAAUUUAAACCUAAAACAGAAACGGCAGCAGGUAAUCAGCACACCUGAACUUUGUGGUAGACCAGCAGCAGCUCAGGCGGUGAGUCAGAUCUCAGAGACUGCACAAGUGAAAACCCCCGGUCUGUCUGAGCCUUUUGCCCCAGAUCAGUGUAGGCCUACUAAAGCACAGCACAGGGUGGGUUUUGGGCUGCCUCCUGGAAUCACACCUGCGGUCGCUGCACUCAGACACCAUGGAGAAACCAGCCAGCAGCUCCCAGUCCCAGAAACCCUCAGAGGAAGGGAGGCCUGUCCGCAGCCUGAGGGAGGUCUUCAUCAGAAACCUCCUCUUCAUCCCAUCAGUCUUCAGCCGCAGGCUUCUCCACGCCACAUCAGACUCCGGCAGAGCUACAAAUCUGCUGUGUCUUGUGAUGAAGAGGAGGAGGUCCAAAUAAGGCAGUGUUCAGCAGGAGGAGCGCGGUCCCUGAACACUCCUCUCAGUGACAUGGGGAGGGCCAUCUCUGCCUCCUCGCCGUGUAUCUUAGACCCACCUGUUUCUCCCUCUGUCGUGUCCUCCUCUUCAUCCUCAUCAUCAGAAAGGAAGCUCCCUGAGAAUUACGUUCAGGAUGUGGAAAGGGCAACGAUGAACCCUCGUGGCUCAGGCUGGAGCUUGGAGUCAGGGGUAGGGCAGAGAGGACUGGAACCUGGGUCUGUUUCAGGGGAGUCCACCAGACAAAGUCUGCCUUUAGAGGCAGAGCGCUACAUGGCGUCCCCUGACCGAGCUACAGAGGUGGUGCCUCACCAUGAUGCCCACGCAGACCGCCGAUACUCGCAGCCUGCAGGUGUCAGGCAGGGGCCGAAUCCAAGCCAAGGGGAGUGGCAGUCAUCUAGCCACAGCAGCAUCUUCUCCCCCUCAUCUGACGCAGGCCCCUCCAAGCCCCCCCCCAGAGGAUUGGGGUGUAACAGCAGCUAUGACGAUCUACAGGCCAGAGCAGGUGAGACUGGGGGCGGGUCUAAAAUCCAGGAAGCAUUGGAGCGAGCCCAAGGGGAAAAGUUGGCGUCUGUGACACAUCGUGCCAACAGUAAAACAACGGCGCCUUGGCAUAAUUCUACAGGCCGUCUCCAUGACGACCAGGAGCCCACAGCUCGUUUGUCACCGUUCCAUUACUCCUCCGACUAUCUCCACGACAACCACAACUCUACGCCCAGUAUGGCGCCAUGGCACCUCUCCACAGGUGAUAUCUACGACCGAGGAGAGGCAGAGUCGAGCGAGGGCUCCACCUCUUCGCCGCCGCCGGGGUUGCACCCGGCAGUCGCCAGGCAGCUCAGCAGCCACUUGCGGAGCAGGAUGUGCCGCAGUCUGGGAGCCGAUCUCGACCAGCUCUCCCAGGAGGAGUCGAGAGCAGGAGGAGGAAGUGAGGCGGCCAGGCUGAACCGCCUCCACCUCAUCUCCUCCUCACUUAGCCUACGCUACAACCUGUCGUCUUCCUCACUGUCGUCCUGUUCCACACCGCCUCGCUGCCAAAGCCUCGCUGACCUGGACGAGGGGGUGAAGUGGAGAGGAGGAGGAGGAGGAGGAGGAGGAGGGAGGAGGAGCUCUCCCAUCGCCGCCUCCUCCACUGCUCGUCUUGAAGGCCCCAGUAGACAGUCAAUGGUUCCUCUGGAGCCCAGGGAGCACGCCUGGCUGGUGAAGGGGGCGGCGGGGGCCUGGCCCGACAUCUACACCCUGUUCAGGGAGGACUCGUCCCUUCUUAACAAACAAGACUUCAUCUCCGGCUUCACCGUGCUGCACUGGAUUGCAAAACACGGUGACCACAGAGUCCUCAACACCUUAUGGUAUGGAGUUGAGAAAGCUGGUUUGACCUUCAACAUGAAUGCCAAGUCAACAUGUGGCCACACGCCUCUCCAUAUUGCUGCCAUCCACGGCAACAAGAACAUAAUGCGGUUGCUGGUUAACAAGUUCAACGCCGAUGUGAAGCUGAGGGACACGGCAGGAAAGAAGGCCUGGCAGUACCUGAGCAGCACGGCACAGCCGGAGGUCUUUCAGCUGCUGGGAGCUCCAUCACGACCCCCUGGGGGAGGAGAUGGAGGAGUUGUGAGAGAAGACCAGGAACCGCGUCAGCAGACCCCCCGCCGUCGGCGGCAUCACCUCUCCUUUGCUUCCUCGGGAGAGAGGCCGCUGACCAUGUCGGGCACCACGAGGGUCAAAAGGUCCACGUCGAUUGCUGCAUUCCUCAAACACAAAUCGCUGCUGCAGUUUCACGGACAUCAAUCGGACUCCUCCGUUUAAAAACUCAACUAAUGGAGUAAGUCGGAUUUCGUUUAGAGAGUUCUUGGUUUACCUGAACAACAGUUUGCUGGACAGCUGGUUUCAUAAACACAAACAAGGUUUACGUCUAGGCCUAUCCACAGCAUGGCCAAAAAGUGGCUAAUGAUAUGCCUCUCUUGUUCCACUGGCAGUUACCCCCCAGAGGCCUAUCCUGAUUGUAUUCAUGUGCUGAAAUGUUACCAUAGUUACCAAAUGAUUUGGCUUAAUAUAAACAUCACUUCUAAAGAGUCUGGUAUUGUAGUUAAUGAGUUUGACAGUUUUCACACCACCAUAUGGACCAGGAUUCAAUUGAACCAAACUAAACCGGUUAGGUGUGAAAACAUCUUAAUGCUACCACAGAUAACAUUUCUCACCGGCAUUAAAAAAUGAUUUGUAACCUUGUCGUUAUCUACUGUAAUAUUGCUACACAUAAAAUAUAGCUUAACGAUGAUAUCAUUUUGUAUUUAGAAUUUUGUCACAAACUAAAAAGCUCACUAUACUGACCUUACAUGGCUAAUAUUUAGCUAUGGUUAACUCCUCUAGCUUAGCCGUUAGCAUAACAUCAGCCUUCAAGGAGGCGUUAUUAUGGAAGCCACGCAACUUCUAGGCAAGACCUGCCCUUCAAUAGCAUGCCCACACUACUAUUGGCCAGGCGUCAAUGCUUACGCAAUGUAACGUAACCUGAUUUGUUCAGGUCCUAUCCCCGACCAAUCGGCUAUCCUAACCUUAACCACUCGAGGUCAAUCGAGCUGAUUUGUAGGGCGGGACUUGCCUAGAAGUUAUGUGGGAUCCAUAAUAACGCUUCAAGGAGUUUAAGAGGCCAGCCAGACCAACAUUUACGGUAUAUCCAGAAAAUGUUGGAUUACAAUGAAUUAAAGUGGAAUCACCCCAAUCACUGGAUUCGCUAAUACAAAGUAAAUCGGAGUCGGAGUUUGUCAGUGGAUAGUGGUAUGUGAUAGUGGCACAUGAGUGGCAUGCUGUUUAUUAGUGACGUAUGGCAGUAGAUCAGCACCAGGAUACCAACAGUGAACCAGCAUAUGCUACGUAAACUGUAACAUACCAUUAACCACUUUGCAAAUCUUGCUGCCAAAUGACAAAACAAAGAACAGGAUAGUUGCAGGUCUGCUACAUUUACUUCAUUGUGGAUGUACAAAACUCCUGAUUUUAAAGUUAAUUCUCAACCGGAAGGCCUUCCCUCUACUGAAGAGGAUUAGGGCCACAUGAAGAAUAAGUCAGUCAGAGUUCUGCAAAGAAACUGACUUUUACCCAGAAUUAUCGGAGAAUAAAUUUAACUCCUUAAUGAUUCUGAAUAAUCUCAGAAUUCUGAGUUUCAAGUCCGAUUUCUGACUUUAAUUUCAGAACUCCAAUACAUUUUUUUACACCCAGGAUUACAUUUCAGGAGACACAGUCAUUAGUUUAAAGAGAGCAAGUUUCUCACAGUUGACACUGAUUUUAUGACAGCAGUUAUAUGAACCUUUGUUCUUGGUACUUUGUCAGCCUUAGUUUGGAUAUGUUGCUUGUUCCUGCUGUGGAUUAACAGAGCCUACACACUCUGCAGAGCCUUAUUUAAAAAGGGAUUCCCUCCUUUAGUCCAAAGCCUUGAGCUCGGUCCAGAUAUCUGCAACAACAGUCAGCUUCUGCCCCUGAGCAUUCAGUUUCACUGGAUAUGAAUGCCAAAGAAAAGACUGUCACAAAAAUGCGUGCCGGCUUAAAGCAAGAGGUAACUUGCAAGCACUUGCAGAGUGGGUUGUUUUUCAGUGUGAUUGUCUGAUGUCGUUAUGAGAGGACAAAAGAAACGUUUUAGUCUGAAGACAGAGAUGAUACUGCAGCUUUUUAACACUUGUCACCCACAUCUGAUCUUUGUUGAUAUGUAUUUUACAUUCCUCAUACUGUUUCCAAAAUGCAGCAUGUUUGUUUCUAUAAAAUUGCACUGAAAUUAAAUUAAAUUUAGGGAGGUAGUGGACAAAACCUCAAACACCUGUACAAUGAAAUAAUAUUACACUGCAGUAGGCACUACUUUGUGAAGCUUCACUUUUUGCUGGCACUGAAUCAGAGGUGUUUUAAGUUGGUGGGGUGAUUUGAAGGUAAGUCUGGUAUAUUACAACAUGGGUCUUAUUUUGGUAUAUUUGUCCAUCAUUUCUGUCAGUAAUAACAUUCACCAGCUGAGAUGUGUGAAUGCAGUGACAUCACUUAAGUCUGACAGGUCGAGAAACACGAGCACUGAGAUAGUCAGACAGGUUGUGAACAAGCCCCCCAUACAAGUUGCAAAAAUUACAAUCCGUGCAAAAACAAAUCGGCAUAUAACCCUUGUGAUAGCACUGUAUUUUGUACAUGAUAAAACAAAUGAGAUAUAAUAUGUUAAGUAAGCUUUGAACGUGCUGGCAGGUGGAUUUUGUUACUGUUGGACAAAGCCAGGAUUGCUUCAUCCAGGCUCUGUGCUAAGCUAAUUGUUUUAUAUUUAUCGUACACAUAUGAGAGUCGUGUUAAUCUUCUCAUGUAACUAAAAUGUCAAACUAUAUAACUUGGUGAGUCGUUCAAUGUUUUUAGUACUGGUAAAAAUGAUGGACAAGCUUGUGAUGGUGUUGUUUUGGAUUGCACUUCAUACAGGAUUUGUAGUAAGUGGUAUAAAACCUGUUGAAACACUAGUACUGUCCCUUAACACUUAACCACAAGGAUGAACCUGGUGUGUUUUGCUUUGAACAUGAUUGUGAACUGAAGUUUACUGUAAUGUGAUGUUCUACAGUAUGUACAGUAUUUUUACCACCACUGUUUACACAAUGAGUAUUUAAUGGGUUUCACAGUUGGAGGUUUUGUGGUUUUAAACACAUUUUUGUGUGGAUGUGAAUGACUUGCCACAAGAGGGUUUCUAUUCAGUUCCAUUCUCAUCACACUGGAGCCCCCAAAGAAGACAAAAGGCAGAACAAAGUUAAAAAAAAAAUUAACAAACUUAGAUAAUACUGUCAAUUAAUUAAAUGAAGUGCAAAAAAACCCUGUAUAUUUCCUUUUAACCUCAAUCAGUUGGUACAAAUACAUAAAAUACAUUAAAAACGGGCUUGUGAUCAUAGACUGUAAAAGCUUGUGAUCGGAUCUCAUUUCCCCGCUCUAAAUGCAAAUAAACAUCAAACAUAAAGUACAUUGUGUGUGUGUGGACAUUUACGUUACAUUUAAAUAAAAAGACAAUGGGGGACCUUU